AUGCUUAGCUUCAUCACCGCCAUAGCCAAUAAACUAUUGAGGUAUACAAUGGAUGAUCAACCACAACAGCCACCGCAACCACAAGAGAGAAAAAAGAGAAUAGCCACACAACUAAUUGACAGUCAAGAGCCACAAGAAGUUGAUUUCAAUCAUUUUGGUCUGCAUUAUGGGGAUAAACAAAUUAAGUUUGCCAAUGAGUGUGGAGUCCUCACACGAUCGAUGAUUUCUAUCAAUUAUCGAACUUGGAAGAAAGUGUUGCAGGGUGAACUUGAAAUGUUGUGGUUAAGUAUUAAAAGACGAUGGAAUAUUCAAAAUAACAAACGCAAAGGUGAUGUGCUUAAAAUUUGCAACACUGCAUGGAAAUCCUACAAGAAAAGGCUCAUACGUGAUUUCAUGGCCAAUGGAAGAGAUCCAAUUCCAAUCUACCCAUAUCUAGAUCCUGAUACAUGGAAAACCUUCAAAAAAGAGAGAUCUUCAAAGGAAUUUUGGGCAAUAAGUGAGAAAGCGAGAGCCAAUGCAAAGCUUCAAAAAAAUCCUGCACGAUUAGGUCUACAUGGAUAUCGGGUAUCGUAUUAUGCACCACCUGGCAUACAACCAACAAUGACUAAGCUUGCAGAGGUCGAAAGUCAAAUAUCCCAGGGAGAUUGGGUGCCUAAACCCGGAGAGGAUUCGUUGACAGCGGUGUUAGGAAGGGAGCACCCUGGCCGGACUAGGGCAGUUGGUCACACUGUCGGCCUGAGAAAAGCCAUGCAAGGGAAUGAUAAGAAGAAGAGGAAAAUGCAUGUGAAAGAAUCUAUGAAUGAGAUGCGCGCCACGAUAGAUGACCUUACAAAACAGGUGGCAGAAGUAAAGGCAAUGAUGCAGGAGUCUAACAAGCAAGUUGUGGACAAUGUGAGCCCAAGGGUUACAAAACAGGUGGUAGAGGUAAAGGCAUUGAUGCAUGAGUCUAAUAAGCAAGUUGUGGACAAUGUGAGCCCAGGGGUUCUGAAUAGUAGCUGUGACUCAAUGCCAGCCUUGGUUGAGAUAACGAACCCUACUCAAUGUAAAUUGGUGUUGCCAUAUGGGGCAUUGGACCAGAAUUGCGCUAGUGGGCUGGUCUUUCCCUACGGGAAUGGGUUAAUACACUCACUCCCUAUGCCUGAAAACCACCUUAAAGUUUUGAUAGACAAAAUCAACAAAGACUUUCAGGGUCUUCCAAUUCCUGUAGUGACUGAUGAAGCCAGUAAUCUUCAAAGUGUAGUUGGCCAAAUAAUUCAAUGGCCACGAAAUGCUAUUAUUCUAACUGAGAUACAAGGAAGAAAGCUAAAGAAUUCAACUCCAAGUUCGCUACAAACCACUGUAGGGGGGUGUACAAAAAAGAACACACUCACUCCAAUGAACAAAUCGAAGCCAAUUGAAUUACUACAAGCCGAGAAAUUUGAGUUUUGGAUUGCACGAGAAGAAAUUCUUCGUUUGUUGAACAAAAGAACACUUGAUGUUACCAUUCUAACAGUUUGGCAGAUGAAUCUACAUUCGAUCUCACGUUUGAAGAACAAAUGCUCUUUCCUAAACCCGCAUAGGAUUCUUGGGGCAGAUUGCCAAGAAAACCCGGAAGCUGUCAUAAAUUACAUUGUUGAUGCGAUGCGAAUUAAUCAAGGAAAACAAUUUCUUAUCGCUCCAUAUCUUCAAAGGAGUCCUAUACAAAAGCCUAUGGAUACCUAUUACCUACUCAAGAAACAUGUUGACUCGGCUUUUGCAAGAUACGGGAAAGACACAUCAAAUCCAAUUAGCUGGACGCUCGCUGAGUGGAUCCGUGUGAAAACCAAAGAUUGUUACACCCCAUCUAUCGAUUUUGCUGCAAAUCCAAUGGUUUGGACCCUCGUUGCGUACAAUAGCAAUAGCAGCGACGGUGUCGCUGCUAAUAAUAUAUGGUGCCAAAACUUCCCUCACGACAUGCGUCGCCGCAAUUACUUCACCGUUGUUGCUAAUACGCUUGCGUAG